AUGCGAGCCACGGUGAGCUGGCAGGAUGCCCCGCCCGACAGGGACGGCCUGCGCAGCGUCUGCUACGACGUCGCCUACAAACCCGAUGGGUCCCAGCUGGUGACCGGGAUGGGCAAUCGGGUUCUGGUUUACGGGUGCCAGGACGGCGCCCUGCUCCACUCUCUCAAGGCUCACAAGGAUGCGGUGUACGCGGUAUCGUGGAGCUUCGAAGGGUCGAGGUUCGCGUCCGGCGGCGCGGACAAGACCAUCAUCAUCUGGACGUCGGAAGCUGAGGGCAUCCUCAAGUACAACCACAAUGAGUCGGUGCAGUGCCUCGCGUUCAACCCCUGCUUGAUGCAACUCGCGUCCGCCACCGCCAGCGACUUUGGGCUCUGGGCUCCGGAGCAAAAGUCCGUCCAGAAACACAAGGUGAGCAGCAAGGUUCUCUGCAUGGGGUGGACCAAAGACGGCCAGCACCUCGCGCUCGGGCAGUACGACGGGUGCGUGUCGGUGAGGGACAGGACGGGUGGUGAGAAGGUUAAGAUCCAGCGGGGCGCGCCCGUCUGGUCGCUGGCGUGGAACCCCAACAAGCGGGAGACCCACGACGUGAUGGCGGUCGGGUGCUGGGACGGCACGCUCUCGUUCUACCAGCUCAACGGCAUGCAGGUGGGCGACGACACGCGCCUGGGCUUUGAUCCGUGUUCGGUGUCGUACUUUGGCGGCGGCGACUACGUGGUGGUGGGCGGGACGGACAAAACGGCGCGGCUGUGCUCGAAGGAGGGUACGGUGCUCACGACGUUGUGCGAGCGCGGUUCGUGGGUGUGGUGCGCGCGGGCGCGGCCCGGGCACAACGCCAUCGCGGUCGGGUCCGAGGACGGGUCCAUCAGCACGCACGCGCUCACCUUCUCCACGGUGCACGGCAUGUACAAGGAGCUCUACGCGUACAGGGACCUCAUGACGGACGUCAUCGUGCAGCAGCUGGAGACGGAUCAGAAGGUGCGCAUCCGGUGCAAGGACUACGUGAAGAAGAUCGCGGUGUACAAGGACAAGCUGGCGGUGCAGCUGCCGGAUAAGCUGGUGAUUUAUCAGAAGAUCGAGAGCGACGAUCCGGACGACAUGCAGUACAGGAUGAUGACCACGAUUGAGGAAAACCUCAAGUGUAACCUGCUUGUCAUCACCUCGCACCACGUCAUCCUGUGCAUGGAGAAGAAGCUGCUGCUGUACACGAUGGAAGGCAAGAAGGAGCGAACUUGGUCGAUGGACUCCGUGAUAAGGUACAUCAAGGUGAACGGCGGCCCAGAGAAGGGAGAGGGCGUGCUGGUGGGUCUCAAGGAUGGCAUGUGCCUGAAAAUUUUCAUCGACAACGACUUUCCGGUGGAGCUCGUCAACCACGGCGCGUCCGUUCGGUGCCUCGACAUGUCGGCGUUUAGGAAGAAGCUGGCUGUGGUGGAUGAGAACUCCGCGGUCGUCGUGUACGACGUCAAGACAAAAGCUGUCCUGUUCGAGGGCAAGGGUGCCAACUCGGUGGCGUUCAACUCCGUCUACGAGGACAUGUUCUGCUACGCGGGUGAUGGAAUCCUGUCUAUCAAGACGGCGGACUUCCCCGUUCACACGCAGAACCUCGAAGGUUUCGCCGUGGGUUUCAACGCAUCUAAGAUAUACUGUCUGCACAACAUCAGCAUGCAGACCGUCGUCGUGCCGCACUCUUGGAGCGUGAAGAAUUACAUCAAGAAAGGGGACUUUGACGGCGCGUACGCGGUUGCGUGCCUCGGCGUGACAAAUAAGGACUUCAUGAACCUCGGCCUCGCGGCUCACUGGGGGAUGAACUUGGAGGUGGCGCGUAAGUGCUUCAUCAGGUGCCGCGACAUGAAGUACAUCGACCUCGUGGCCGACACCGAGGAGGGGCUCAAGAAGGGUGAGCCGCCGUUUAUGUUCCGAGCUCUGAGCCUCGCGUACCAGAGCAAGUUUCACGAGGCGGCUAAGGAGUACGCCGAGGGUGGCCGCGCGGACAAGGCGAUGGAGAUGUUCACGGAAAUGCGAAUGUUCGACGAAGCGAAGGUAUGGGCCGAGGAGUACGCCAAGACGCACGGCGGCGGAGACAUCUCCCUCACAGAUUUUGUUAACCGCCAAGCCGAGUGGGCGGAGGAGACGAGCGAUUACGAAUCAGCGGUGAACAUGUACGUCCAGGCGAAGAAGUUCGAGAAGGCCGUGGCGCUGGUGGGCAAGAACAACUGGAGGGAUAAGCUGGUGGAUAUCAUGCGGGUGCUCGACGUCAAGGAUGACGCCAAGGUGAUUCAGCAAUGUGCGGGUCACUUUGCGCGGUGGGGCGACUCCUCGCACGCCAAGGAGGCGUACAACAAGCUCGGCGACCACGCCGGUCUGAUGACGCUGCACGUGCAGCAGAACCAGUGGGACGACGCGUUUGCGCUCCUGAAGCAGCACCCGGAGUACGCGGAGAAGGUGCACCUGCCGUACGCCAACUGGCUGGCGGAUAACGAUCGGUUCGACGAGGCGCGGGUGGCGUACAGAGUCGCGGGGCGGUCCGAAAUGUCGACGCGGAUGCUCGAGCAGCUGACCCUCAACGCGGUGCUGAUGCGAAGGUUCAAGGACGCAGGGUACUACUACUGGCUCAUGUCCGAAGAGGCCGCGGAUAGCCUGCCGAAGGACUCCAGGGCGCUCCUCUCGGACGACGACGAGGCGAAGUUGGCGCGGUUCCACGAGCUCAAGGACCGAUCCGAGAUUUACUACGCCUACGACUACGUGUUCCGUGCCAUGGAGGAGCCGUUCAGCUCGUGCCUCCCCUCGACGUUGCUGAACAUCGGGCAAUUUUUGCUAUCCAAGUUCGCCACGCACGACGAGAUGCCUAUGGGUAUCAGUCUCUCAUACGUUCUCAUCACAAUCGCCAAACACGGCGAGGCGCUGGGGGCAUACAAGCUCGCGAGGUUCGCCUACAACAAGCUGCAAUCUCUGCGAAUACCCGCGGCGUGGCAGGCUGAGGUCGAUCUGGCAUCCGUCGUGGCGAGGUCGAGGCCGAACGUCGACGGAGACGAUUUGCUGCCGCUGUGCUUCCGAUGUAGCACCACGAACCCUCUCGUGUCCGUCAAGGGUGACGUGUGCAUAAACUGCGGCGGACACUUUGUUCGAUCCUUCGUCACGUUUGAGCACCUUCCCAUGGUCGAGUUCCACCUGGCGGACGACAUCUCCGCCAAGGAAGCACGCCGCUUAAUCAACGAGGAUCCCCCGAACAAAGCGAGCGGCUCCGAUGGUGGCGCCCAACUCUCUCAUCGUGUGCGACCGGGACAUGCUGCGGAACCUGCCGCCGAGUGA